GGAGAUGGAGUGUCUGCUCUCUCUGGCUUAAGCACAAGAGGAACACAAACAUGCAUGAAGCAAAAAGUCACUUAUAUAUUCCAGUUAAUACUAGCAAAUGCUUCCAGUUUCUUCUCUCUAGCUGACCUUCUGCAAGAUGAGACUGAUGACUACGAGUACUAUGAUGAGUACACACAACCAGCACAGGACCCCUUCCUCCAACAGUACUCCACAGAGGACCCUGACUGGUUUGAGAAUUAUUUUGGCCACAGCGAUACUGGAAAAGCAGACCCAUGCUCCUCCAACCCCUGCAAGAACAACGGUAGGUGUGAGGUGAGAGGAAGCAGCUUCAUCUGUCUCUGCCCUGAGCUGUAUGCUGGGACUACAUGCGAGCAAGUGAAAGACACGUGUCAGAAGGAGAGGUGCCAUGGGGGAGACUGCUUGAUUACAUUAACCCCACCAUAUUUUCAGUGCAGCUGCAAUCACCCCUAUAAGAAACCCAACUGCAAACAAGCAUCCUCACCCUGCAGGCCGAACCCUUGCAAAAAUGGAGGUGUCUGCGUACGCCACAGAGUCAGAUCCAAGUUCACCUGCCAGUGCCCUGAAGCGUUCAAAGGGAGAUUCUGCGAGAUUGGACCGGACGAUUGUUACAAAGAGCCCUCCUCUGGGUACAGAGGAAGAGUGAACCAAGCAGCAAAUGGCAAGACCUGCCUGCAUUGGAAUUCCCAUACUCUCUUGGGCCAGCCUAUCAAUGCCUUUAUGGAGGAUGCUGAGUCCUAUGGCAUUGGUGAACACAAUUUCUGCAGGAAUCCUGAUGAGGAUGAAAAACCCUGGUGCUACAUCAGAAAAAAUCAUGAAGUGAGAUGGGACUUCUGUGAUAUUUCACCCUGCUCAGGAACAGUCUCUUCCCAUGCAUCUGAGGAGAGCCAAUGGCCAACAGACAGCCUAACAGACCCACAUGAACCAAAUGAAGCAUUCCAAACAUGUGGACAACCAGAAGUUCAAAGCACAUUCAAGAGAAUCUAUGGUGGAGCUAAGACUAAAGCUGGCAAACACCCUUGGUUGGCAUCUGUGCAGACAAAGACCUCAAGAACAAGUGAACACUUCUGCGGUGGAGUGCUGAUUGAAGCCUGCUGGGUUCUUACUGCUGGGCACUGCAUCGAACAACCAGCAGAACAUCUCCAAGUGGCCCUUGGAAAGCAAGACCUCAAGAGGAGAGAGCGUCAAGAGCAAAUAUUUGAUGUGGAGAAGAUCAUUGUACAUAGCAAGUACAGAGAGAGGAACGGUGUCCCACACAACGAUAUUGCACUGCUGAAAUUGAAGCCAGUCAAUGGUCACUGUGCAGUGGAAUCAAAAUACGUGAAAACAGCGUGUCUGCCCAACUUCUACUUUCCCAUUGGGACCGACUGCUUCAUCUCUGGAUGGGGCAUGACAGAGACAGGUGAAGCAUCCCGCCAGAUGCUAGAGGCCAACGUGAAGCUGAUUUCGCAGAGGAAAUGCAACGCGCACAAGGCCUAUGAUCAGCUACUGGAUGAAGGCAUGUUUUGUGCAGGAAAUCUUCAGAGGCCCAGGGCUGAUUCCUGUCAGGGAGACUCUGGAGGCCCACUAACUUGUGUGGAAAAUGGCUCCUACUACGUCUAUGGCAUCGUGAGCUGGGGUGAUGGGUGUGGGCUGAAAAACAAGCCAGGGGUUUAUACCCAUGUGACAACAUUUCUCAGCUGGAUUAAAUCCAAAAUUCGGUCUCAGUCAAGGUCACUUCAUUAGGAGACAGCUUUGGAAUGACAAAUGAUUUGAAAAAGACUGAAGAACUGAUUGUGAUCUGAACACCUCCUCUUAAUCAAGAACAAAUUCUCUAAGGUCCAACCAAAAGGCAUAUCCUUGGUUCGUCAGCGAUAACUUUGCUCCCACUGGCCUCUGUCUCGUUCAUCUGCUACACCAUACUUUUGUACUCCUUUAGGUAAACGGUGCCAAUAAUCCAAGUACACAAAAACCUCCCCAAAGAGUACAAGCAUGAAAUAGGAUUAAUCUGAUUUAUUCAUCACAAAUUGUUUUAUAGCCUACCAAUUGGCUUCAUUCAACUGUGGUACAAAGCUGAGCCUGCCUGGUGUUAAUUUCAUUCACAGCUUUGAAGGAAUAAUCAGGUUCUGUGAGCAAUCACGAAGUAUCCACACAAAAAUAAAGUUAGUAGUUACACCUUGCAA